GCUGAACUACUGGCUGGAGACUCUGGAUGAAAUGGAGAAGAUGCAGAGUAGGAAACAGGUGUCUAAGCAAGGGCUGAUGGCGAGUGGAGCUGAUUUAGAGACCUCCAAAGUGGAUAAGGAUAUAGGACUGGUGGAGAGCAAGAUGGCCGCGGCGUAUCAAGAACUCAACGUGACCCAGUCACUUGUCGACAAGAUCAGUGAAGCGUACUGGGGCGAGAUCAUGUCGUUCGAUUAUCUGAAAGACCAGGACCUCAGGAGCAUCCACGUGUCUCGCAUUCAUGCCUGGGCAGAAACGUAUGACGGCACUUUAGGCGCACUCACGACCGCAAUGAAGACACUGCAGACACCGGUCAGCAGGGAACACCGCAGCAUCCAAUAGACCGCAUGAAUGAGUAGGUAAUAAAGACUAGCAUCAGCAGAUAGAUGAAAGACAGCACGAAUGAGUAGGUAAUAAAGACUACCAUCAGCAUAUAGAUGAAAGACAGCAUGAAUGAGUAGGUAAUAAAGA